AGAGAGAGAUCAUCAAUGGCUUCAAGACCAAGAGGUCGUCCAAAAAAGAAAGAUACUCGUCUGGUUGCAGCUCUUGACGCCAUGCGCCCCUAUGGAUUUCCUCAGGAUUUUGUCGAAGUCGCCGUAAGAGAGCUACUCAAUGUUUAUGGUGGAAAUGAAGGAUGGGUCUUUAUUGAAGACUCUUCUUACUCCGUCCUUGUUGAAACAUUACUUGAAAAAACAAAUGCUCCACAAGAUCAGAAGGAUGAUUCUCCUCAACAUGAUCCGGGAGAUGCAGAUAAUAAAGAAUCUUCAGCUGUUGGGCCAUCCACACCUACUUGCUCCAACUCAGGGGCCACAGAUGCUAUGUUGCUAACUAACCAGGCUUUGGACUCAGCCUCACAUCCUAAUGAGGCUCCAGACAGUGCACAUGAAUCUCGUGGUAUGCAUUAUCUCCCACCGACAGCAAGUUCUGGUGGUGCUGAAGCUCCUGGGGAUAGGCUUGCCCAGUCACCUCCACCUAAUGCGGAUGGUAUGCGUUAUCUCCUACCACCACAGGCAGCAAGUUCUGGUGGUGCUGAAACUUUUGGGAACAGUCUUGCCCAGUCACCUCCACAUAUUGCAGAUGGUUUGAUUUAUCUCCCACCACCACCACCACCAAGUUCUGGUGGUGCUGAAACUCUUGGGAACAGUCUCGGCCAAUCACCUCCACGUAUUGCAGAUGGCAUGCGUUAUCUCCCACGGCCACCAGCAGCAAGAUCUGGUGGGGCUGAAAAUCUUGGGAACAGUCUUGGCCAAUCACCUUCACGUAUUGAACAUGGUAUGCGUUAUCUCCCAUGGCCACCAGAAGCAAGUUCUGGUGGGGCUGAAACUCUUGGGAACGGUCUUGCCCAAUCACCUCCACAUAUUGCAGAUGGUAUGCACUAUCUCCCACGGCCACCGGCAGCAAGAUCUGGUGGGGCUGAAAAUCUUGGGAACAGUCUUGGCCAAUCACCUUCACGUAUUGCAGAUGGUAUGCGUUAUCUCCCACGGCCACUGGCAGCAAGUUCUGGUAGGGCUGAAACUCUUGGGAACAGUCUUGCCCAAUCACCUCCACAUAUUGCAGAUGGUAUGCACUAUCUCCCACGGCCACUGGAAGCAAAUUCUGGUAGUGCUGAAACUCAUGGGAAAAAUCUUGCCCAACCACCUCCACAUAUUGCAGGUAGUAUGCGUUAUCUCCCACCACCACUGGCAGCAAGUUCUGGUGGUGCUGCAACAAUUGGGAAAAGUUUUGCUCAGUCACCUCCACAUGUGAACCAAUCCCCACUACAAGAUAUUCGUCCUACCCGAAGGAGGCGACCUUACCAUGGCUGGAUUAGCAAUGAUGAGGAAAUCGAUCUAGUGCAACUGACACCAGCUCCAUUGCCAGAGGGAAUAGCAAAGUUGCUUAGGAGCUAGAUAAGUAGAGAAAGCCUAACAUCAUUUGGUAGGGAGAGGAUAGAAAGAGCAUUUGGUAGGGAGGAUAGAUGAUAAAUAGUGGGAGGUAAGAAAAACUGGAAGGAUAGAAAGAAUAGUAAUGAUUCAAAAGUGAUAGGAUAGAGAAGAAAUUAGUUGAAGGACGAAAACUGAUGUAAAUUUCCUUAUAUUUGGCUGAAAAGAAAAUGAGAAAAAUGAAAUUUUAAUUUGUAUA